AUGGCGCGGCUCCAUGUCAUGGAAACUGAUGUGUAUAGUGUCUAUACGGGGUACACCGAAGUGCUGGGUGCUGGAUACCGCCAUGACCCAACUUGGGAUAUCGUCCGUCCAUCGUGCUUCCUUCGUAUGCACGAGAAGCAUACCAAGGAUACACAGCAUAAAUCUCAAACCACCAGUUCCUCCCAUGUGAAGCUGAACACGCGGAAGAUGCACGGUGGUGGGAAGUCAAGAAUAUGCUUGAAUGUCUUGUGUCCGUCAAGCAAAAAGCCAUCUCUCCAGGAGCGGUGGCGAAAAAGCACACUAAAGGGAAGAAUAGCUUUUUAUGGUGGUAACCUCCGCGGUUGUCUGUGA